AAAGUAUGGAAAUGGCUGUUUCCAGCUGGCCCUUUUUACAAAGCUGGGUUUCAUUUUAUUGUUGUAGAUUUGAGAGGUCUCUUUAGAGGUCAGAAGAUGAAGUCAUUACGCUUUCAGAAUUCCUCUCUCGCAGGAAAUUAAAAUCAUUUUAAGACCAUUAUCACCACUUAUUGAAACCUACAAAAACAUUUUGGUAGUGUUUGUCCUUUUAGUUUUUAUUGCUCCUGACCUUCUCUAUUAUUAUUACACCAUAUAAAUACUGACAAAUCAAAAAUCAGGCUUCAUCAGCCUCCAUUACUGAAUGAAACGGCUGAUCCGUGAUCAAUAUACGGGAGGUUGUACACACUACUUGAAUAUUUCACAUGCCGUUUUAAUGAGUAAAACUGCUAAAGCAGACACAUCGUUGUAACUGCAUUGACUCAACAACAGAAAAUAGAUGUCUUAGUCAUGUAAAAAUGACGCCCACCACCAAACUCCGAGUCCUCGCCGUCUCCUUGCUCUCCCUUCUUGUUGCCCCUCUCGCCAUUGUUGGGGAGACCUCCCCGUCUCCCCCCCCUCAGUUCAUAGAACGCUCAGGAAGACCUUUCACAGAGCUGCCCAGCACCGACCCCAGCCCCUCCCUCCUGCUCCUCGCCAUCCAGACAAAUGUUAGGCCAGCCGCUCUCCGAAGCAGGACCAGAACCCCCGAGAAGCUCCCGGAAGCGCCAGAGGGAGUUCUGGAAGCGCCGCCGAGGCCCUUACCCCAAGUCAUGUUCCCCAAGAAUGUAACCUCAUCGGAGGCGCUCGCUCCCCCCUUAGGUGCGGCGCAGGUGGCGCCCAUCAGACCCCAGAAGAUUGAAGUAUGGAUCGACGUGUGCCGGGGUUAUUACGACGUCAUGGGACACUUCGACAGCGCUUUCAACUGCUCCAAAGACACCUUCAUCUACUGCUGUGGAACCUGCCACUAUCGCUUCUGCUGCCCCGAGCCCAGCCGGCAGCUGGAGCAAGACAGCUGCAAAAACUACGACUCUCCAGACUGGGCCAAGCCGCAGACGGACGCCAUGAUCAUACCGGAGGAGUUGGGGCCCGACCCGGGGUUUGAUCCGCUGAAACAGCAGAGCCACAACACAGGAUUUGUGAUUGGUGGCGUGGUGGUCUUCAUGGUGGCCGUCGCCGUGGGCAUCAAGGUCGUCUUCAACAAGGUGCAGCAGGAAGCCAUCCAAAGGGAGCUGAACAUGCCCAGAGCUCUGGUCGACAUGCUGCGGCACCAGUCGAGCCCAGUUCAGCAGGACGAGAGAAACAAUAGCGUGGCUCUGACGGUCGCAGACGGACAAGGGACACUCGGUAGACCUCCGAAAAACCUCUACGCCCCGGGACUGCCCAGCAAGGACAACAGAUUGGGCAAUUUGCAACACAAUUUCAUCCACCCAUCAGGCUCCAGCCCGAAACACACCGCAACCAUCGAACGCACCCCGAGAAUGAACAAUGCUCAGCUGGCAGCUGGAGGCACCCUGCUCUCCAGCAAGCACAAUAACACCAAAUCCCAGCCUUCCUUCCACCACUCCCUGCACAACCUGGCCCAGCUGCCGCCCUCCUACGAGAGCGCCACAAAACCCGAGCUCAAUAGAUAUUCCUCACUGAAACGCCUCGAAAAAGGUCUUGAUGAGUAUUCGUCUGGUUACUGCACCACCAAGCGCCGGCCUCAUACCGCCCAGCCGGCGCUCCAGUCGUCUCAGCACCACCUCCACUGGGGCGGAGACUACACCCUCGGUGGCAGAGGGACGCUCCCCAGACACGCAAUGAGGCCCUGGAUCCCACCGCCGCCUUCUGGCAUGCCCGCUUCGCCCACUCCCAAUCCUUACCCGCUGGAUCCCCCAGAGCCGCAGUACAACGCCAACUACGACACUCUCUCCAAGCCUCCAAGGAAAGUCAAGUCUACUGACCAGCUGCUCAACAUGGGGGAUGUUCCAGGUAACACUGGGACCCUGUCCAGAAUGUCCAAGAACCAACAACACCAGUACUACAAAGCCAUGGCUGCUUCCAAUAAGAACUCCAAUACACAGACCCUGACCAGGAAACCCCAGGAUAGGGAUCGGGAUAGGGAUAGGGAUCGGGACAGGGACAGGGACAGGGACAGGGAUCGGGACAGGGAUCGAGACAGGGACAGGGGGGACAGGCUGCUCAUGUCUCCGGACCAUUUGGAGGAGCGGAUGGGUGGAAUGGGUGUUGUAGAUCCAUACGCCCACACCGGAGGGAUCGUCCCCACGCUGCCCCGCCAGCAGAAGGCUCAGUCCCAGCAGAACGUCUGCGCUACGCCAUCUCUCGACCGGCACCACAUGAUCAAGAUGAACUCUCACCCCACGUCCGGAAGAGAGCAGGAGAGGAAUACGGCCAUGACGGGGCACAUGAGCGGGGGCAUGGGUUGGGCGGGCGAGACGCCUGGGCCCGGGGCAGGAGUAGUCAUGGGAACGGGAACACUCGGGGGUCACAGCGCCAGGAGGAUGGCUUUCGCGGCGAAACGGCAGAACACCAUAGAGCAGCUACAUUUCAUACCGGGAGGAGGCGGUACGGGGUCACAAGGGAGCGCAGGAGGCAGUCAGGGGAUCAGGACGGGGAGUAAAAAUGAAGUGACAGUGUGAGGUCUGUGCCUAAUGUAGAGUUCACUCUCCAUUAAAAGUAUAGGAAUAGUCUCACUUCUGCAUUUAAAGUAUUAGAUUAGAUUAUACAACUGCAUCAUAUAAACCUAUAGAAGUAUCAACUAUUGUAAGAGUAUAAUGUGUUUAGGCUAUUCAAAUUAGUGUUAUCUUGUAACUGAAUAUUUUGACGACUUAUAACAUUUAAAACGUAAGUGAGGAACACCCGUUCCAGUUAUGUGAUAGCCUAUCAGCCAUAUUUUGUACCAGAAUUUGCCAUAUUGCCAUAUACAGCGGUGCCAUUAAUCCUUGAAAGACUGCCUGGGGGGUUGAGACGGAACGGACGGAAGUGUCGUUCAUAAUUUAGUUUUUAUAUGUGUUUUUCAAAAAAAAAAAAAAAAAAGUACUCAGGAGCCAUAUUAGAUAGAGAACCAGACGAUGUAAAAAAAA